CACCCUCUCCGCCACAUAAUCCCACAUCUCUCUCUCUCUGGGAUCCGAUCAUUAAUCCUACUGCUAAAACCACAAGUGUUGGCUUAUGAUUGUUGGGGAGGCAGAGUUUAAUCCAAAGAUCGAUGUCAUUAGUCUAAAUUAACAUGAAUAAAAAUUAAGAAUAUUUUUCUCUUUCUCUCUCUUUCACCACCGCCACGGCCUUAUAUCUGUUCAUCCGUCGAUGGACAUUACAAGCUGCAUAAAGACGAUCAUAGAAUUAUAUACCCAUUAAAACCCUCUCACCUUCACUCUCCUUAUAAAUAUUUCUUUUGGAGUAGUAUUAGGUUCUUAUUCUGUUAUUAUUUCUUUUCAUCGGACUUCUUUUUUAAGUCUUCCGGCCAUCGAGGUUGGAUCUUUUUUGCAGCCAGAUCUCAGUUCUCGCCAAACAACCUUAGGGUAGAUUCGAAUUCGGGGCCUUGCUUCUUUUUCCUUGUCUUUGUGGUCGUGAUUUCCGAUACUAGGGCUCUCGUUUAUGGCGGUGAUCGAUGGAGAAGGCGGGGGCUCGGAGGACGCAGGCGCCGGUGAUGGGAUUGGAGGACAGGGCGGCGGUGUCUCUGAUAUAGCUCAAUUUGAUGCUUCACAGUAUGCAUUUUUUGGAAAUAGUGUCAUGGAGGAAGUUGAGCUAGGGGGAUUGGAAGAUGAUGAUGUUGGUGACGAUUCUGGCUUUCUUGGGAUUGAUGAUGAGGAUUAUCAAUUUUCUUACCUGGGGGAUAGAGUAGAAGGGGAAGGCAUUGGAUCCAUCACUGAUAUUGAUGACCUUGCAAGUACCUUUUCAAAGUUGAACAAGAAUACUGUUGAACUGAGGAGCACGGGGGUAAUUGGUGAUAGGGGUUCUUUAUCUAGGGAAGGUUCAUCAACAGCAAACUGGGCACAGGAGCCAGGAUUCUCAAACUGGCAAGAUCAGCAUAUAUUAGAUGUCGAAAAUGUCCAGGAUGGUAGAAGGUGGUGGUCACAUCCACAUCCUCAUUCAGGGCAUUUUACGGACUCCAGACCUCUGUACAGAACAUCCUCCUCUCCUCAGCAGCAACAACAAUUCCAACCUAGUGAACCAAUUCAUAUACCAAAAUCUCAUCACAUUUCCUUUCCUCCACCUGGUGCACCCUCACAGUUUUUCCCACAUCACACACACCAUGGAAUGGUUUCAUCUCCUCCUGGUGUCCAGGUGCCUUUCUCUCCACCAAAUCCCUAUCCUUUAUCCCAACUUCGUCCUUCAGCAGCACUGGCUCAGUUUUGUCCACCUGGGCUCCCCGGUAAUAUCAGGCAACAGAAUCAUUGGCCAGAACGACCUAGUUUCCUUUCAUGGGACAAUUCAAAUAUGUUAUCUGAUGUCACCCAGCAUCACAGGCCUCAGUUAAACAAUUCAGUUCCUUCUCAACUGCUGACACAACAACAACAACAACAUGGAAUUCACCAACUUUUGCCUCCAAUAUCACAUUUUCCCCACAUGCAGCCUCAGCAGUUCCACCCUGGUCAUUCCCCAUCACAGAUGAUGAAUAGGUUUGAAGCUGAGUUUAGAGACCCGAGAUUGAGACCAAUGUCCAGGGGGAGACAGAGCUUUGGUUUUUCUCAACAGUCUUCUGAUAUUGGCAGCCAGAAGUUAGAUAAUGGGUGGCCAAAAUUUCGUUCAAAGUACAUGACAACUGAAGAGCUUGAAAAUAUUUUGAGAAUGCAACACGCUGCAACUCAUUGCAAUGACCCCUACAUAGAUGAUUAUUAUCACCAAGCUUGCCUAGCAAAAAAAUCUGCUGGAUCAAGUAUGAAGCACCAUUUCUGCCCAAAUGUCACCAAGGAUCUGUCUUUUAGAGCACGGUCAAAGGACGAGCCACAUGCGUAUCUCCGGGUGGAUGCUCUUGGAAGACUUUCCUUCUCCUCAAUCCGUAGACCUCGUCCGCUUCUUGAAGUUGAAUCACAAUCAGCAUCAGUGGAUAACAUCUACGACCAGAAAUCACCUAUAAAGCCUCUAGAGCAGGAGCCUAUGUUGGCUGCUAGAAUCACCAUUGAGGAUGGCUUUUGCCUUCUGCUUGCUGUAGAUGACAUCGAUCGCCUCUUAAAAUUCAGCCAGCCACAGGAUGGUGGCUCCCAACUUAGGAGGAAAAGGGAAUUCCUCUUACAAGAGCUUGUUGCAUCACUUCAGCUUGUUGAUCCAUUUAGCCCUGGUAAAUCUGGCCACUCUGGGCUAACCCCAAAUGAUGAUAUUGUGUUUCUUCGCCUAGUCUUUCUGCCAAAGGGCCGGAAGCUUCUUUCCCGGUACCUUCAACUCCUAAUCCCAAGCAGUAGUGAGCUAAUCCGUGUCAUUUGCAUGGCUAUAUUCCGCCACCUGAGAUUUCUAUUUGGGGUCCUGCCAUUGGAUUCUAGUGCACCUGAAAGCACAGUUAAUCUUGCAAAGACUAUUUCUUUAUGCAUAAAUGGCAUGGACCUUAGUGCUCUCAGUGCUUGCCUAGCUGCCAUUGUUUGUUCCUCGGAACAGCCACCUCUUCGUCCACUUGGAAGCUCUGCUGGUGAUUGUGCCACCGUCAUCAUAAAAUCCCUUCUUGAUAAGGCGACUGAGCUGCUGACAGACCGUAAUACUGCUACCAACCAUAGCAUACCUAGUCGUAAUAUGUGGCAGGCAUCAUUUGAUGCCUUCUUUGGGCUUCUCACAAAGUACUGUCUUAGUAAAUAUGACAGUAUAAUGCAGUCUGUACCUCUCCAGGCUCCAAAUGCUGCUAUUGCUGGGCCAGAAGUCACCGGAGCUAUACGCAGGGAGAUGCCUGUGGAGUUGUUACGAGCUAGUCUCCCUCAUACUAACGAUCAUCAGCGUAAGCUACUGCUUGAUUUUGCUCAAAGAACGAUCCCUGCUGCUGAACACAAUGCUGAUGGGGGGAACAAUGGGCAUUAACUUAUCAAUUAGUUCAGGGUUCAUGUCCUGCAUAAUGCUAUGAAGAAAAAGCAGUUGGUUAUUUGACAUUCUUCUCCCUCCAAACAACCAAGACAAGCUGUUGCCUGGGGAAGGGGAAAAGACUGUUGGACAGAUUCGCACGGUGUUAUUAUCCUAUUAUUAUUUUUAACUUCCGCUUUCGCUGCUGUUUUUAGAAACCCGUAGAACUACUUCGUAUGUUGCACUUGUUUUUACGAACCAAAACAUUGUUGGAGUUUUGACUGGAAGACUUCUUCUGGGGAGCUUAUUUUGGUGCUCUGGAUUGGAACUCCAGAUAAGUAGGGAUAGGAAAUUGUACAGAUUCUGUUGCAUUCGGAAUCAUUUCCUCAUCGGCCGUUGUCCAAGGUUGGUUCUGGUAGACGUAGGCGAGGCGUGUAAACCUUUUCUUCUUUUCUUGUUUAAUUGCUUGUUUUGGAGGAGUUAGCGUUCAGCUGUACUCGUGAGGGAGUUGUGAAAACCAUGCUACUGUUUUAUGUUUUAUCUGCAUAAAUUGCUUUUGAUCAUUUGUUGUUCUUCGAGUUCGGAGAAAUCCAUGAAUAAUUUACCUGUUUUCCCAUAUGAA